CUAAGUUUCCUCCUUUUUUUUUUCUUUUUUUUGAAUAAGCCGGAAAAUAAAAAUCCAAAAAUGCUAAAACGAAAAGGCACACAUCGACAUAAAUUAUAAACCCAGCCGCAGGCCAGCUUAGCUUUGUUUUCAGAGCACCUUGAUUUUGGAUUCAAACACGCCUUUUUCUUUUAUUACCUUAUUAUAUGAAUCAAAUCCACCAAUAUAUUGCUUGAGUGUGACAAGGAACAAGGAAGAUGGCGGCAGGAAUGAAUGCAGGAGCACCGGAGAGAGAGGCACGGAGAGCCCAUGCCUCCAUGGCGUUGGUUCAACUCAUCAAUGGAGGGUAUCAUGUAAUUACCAAAGUAGCCCUCAAUGUUGGUGUCAACCAGCUUGUCUUCUGCGUCUUCCGUGAUCUUCUUGCCCUCUCUCUUCUUGCCCCCCUCGGCUAUGUUCGUGAAAAAAGGAUUCGACCACCUAUGACUAAACGCCUCCUUCUCUCCUUCUUCUUUCUUGGGUUAACUGGGAUAUUUGGCAACCAACUUUUAUUUCUCAUUGGUCUGAGCUACACAAAUCCUACAUAUGCUGCUGCCAUACAACCUUCAAUUCCAGUCUUUACCUUUCUCUUGGCUGUAAUGAUGGGUACAGAAAGAGUGAAUUUGCUCAAAACUGAAGGUCAAGCAAAGGUUGGAGGUACCCUGAUAUGUGUUUCUGGUGCAAUAUUAAUGGUUCUGUUUCGUGGUCCAGCUUUGAUUGGACAGAAAGAUGCAGACUUUGCUCUAAAUGACAUAAGUGCCAGGGGUCAACCAGAACCUUCUGGAUGGCUCGUGUCUACUCUUCUGGGAUUUGGACUGGAACAUUGGCAUAUUGGAGUUCUAUGCUUGAUAGGGAACUGUAUGUGCAUGGCCACUUUCCUAGCUAUUCAGGCUCCAGUGUUAGCCAAGUAUCCUGCAAACAUUUCUGUCACAGCAUUUUCCUAUUUUUUUGGUGCCAUAUUGAUGGUAACAACAUCCUUUUUUAUGACCAAUGAGUCAACAGACUGGAGGUUGACGCGGUCUGAGCUUUUUGCUGUCUUAUAUGCUGGAAUUAUUGCAUCUGCUCUUAACUAUGGACUCCUGACAUGGUCGAAUAAGAUCUUGGGGCCUGCUUUAGUUGCUCUUUAUAAUCCUCUUCAACCUGCAGCAUCAGCAUUUCUAUCAAGAGUUUUCCUUGGAAGUCCAAUUUAUUUGGGAAGUGUGCUUGGGGGAUUUCUAAUAAUUGCUGGUCUAUAUAUGGUCACUUGGGCAUCCUACAGAGAAAGGCAUACAGCUAUGGGGAUGCUGCCUCAUGUCAGUCGGUCUUCUGAACCUCUCGUUCACAAAGAUGCAUCCAUUAACAAGAAUCCGUACCAGAGAGGACAUAUUUUCUUAGGACCUGGUUUAUCAGCAAAACCCAGUGAUUAACUUUGCAACCGGUUGCAGUGUAUAGUUCCCUCGAGCUCUUUUCCCACAGGCACAUUUCCUAGGAUCAAAUGGUGUCACUCGCCAUGUUGUAAACUUUGAUGGGUAGCUAAAGAUAAAUUCAUUAAAUCCAUCCUCAAAUAGCAAUUAUUUUAGAUUCUUGCUCCUUUAUGCUGUCUUAAUUUGUUCCAAAUACAGAUUUUUGAGACCUCAAUGAUUUAUAUAUACAUUCAAUGCAAUAAAUUUAGUAUGUUCUUGAUUGGCAA